AUGAGUGCCAAGGAACGGCGAGCCGAGUCGCCCGGGUCAGACUCGAGGGGCCAAACGUCGGAAGAGGUGGAAGACAUUGAGCACCCUGCACUGGAUCUACUGUCCCUUUCGCGUGCUGUCAAAGCACGGAAAUCCGAAUAUACACGUCGACGAACGGUUCGCGUCAAGAUUGGGACCUGGAAUGUGGCAGCCAUCUCAGGCACAGAAAAGGAUAUUGGGAAAUGGUUUGUGCAGGGCCAAGGAGUGUCUGAGAAACUGUCUGGUGCUAAGGGAGAGCAGCUUGAGCAUGCUGGGGCAGCUGACGGGGGUCCCACCACCGGAGAUGAGGAGAAUGAGCAGAAGAAAAAGCCAUUCCAAACAAGUCCGGAGGAGAUCGAUCUUUAUGUUUUGGGCCUGCAGGAAGUGGUCGAUGUUUCAUCUCCUGCAGAGGCUCUACGGCCAUAUACUGAUUCGGGUCCAUCAAAUCGAUGGAAAGAGUCGGUUCAGAAAUCACUACCUCCUGGAUACCAGCUCGUCUCUGAGGUUCAGCUAGUUGGACUUUUACUUAUCAUAUACGCCUCCCCAUCGAUUGGCGAGAGCAUUUCCUCGGUCAGCAGUACCUAUGUUGGAACGGGACUGAUGGGGUACAUGGGGAAUAAGGGUGCUGUGACCACUCGCUUGGUACUUGGUGAAACUACUCGUUUAGUUUUUGUGAAUUGUCACCUUGCGGCAGGGUCCGAUAAAAGCAGCCUAGAAAGGCGCAAUUGGGAUGCUUCUCAGAUUUCGUCGCGUGCAAAGUUCGAUCGUGUUGAUGGAGAGAAGGGCACAGGGGAGGAAGCCUUUGACAAUAUUGGCGACGAGGAUUUUACUUUCUGGUUCGGCGAUCUCAACUAUCGACUGGAUGAUAUUCCUGGAAACGACGUACGGCAAGUCCUAUCACGGCAUACAGUCAAUGCAUAUGACAUCGCUCUCCAGGAAAAGGAAAAAUCGGGUAGUCGCCGAGGUUCUACCACCGAUGUUGAAAACCAGCCGCCACCUCCGCCGGGUCCAGAAGACGAUGGGCCACCCGAGCCAGUUACCGAUGAGGAGAUCGAUCCCCAUAAUGAUCCUGCGUCAUUGCAGACGACUAUUUCGUCUCUUGUCGUCCAUGACCAACUGCGAAUUCAGCAAAAAUUGGGAACAGCAUUCCAUAAAGGAUGGCGCGAGGGUCAAAUCACUUUUCUGCCUACAUAUAAGUAUGAUGUCGGUAGUGUGGCUAUGUUUGAUUCGAGUGAGAAACAUCGUGGCCCUAGCUGGUGUGAUCGAAUCCUCUACCGCACUCGGCGAGAUAAGCUCAAACAUGAGCAACUUGACCGAGAAAGCGAGGAGGUCCGGCAGAGAGACAAAGAAAUGCAAGACCAAGGUCUCGACCAGGCUGCUGCUGAUGAAAAUGUUCUAUUUGACUACGAUCCUGAGGUCGACGGAGUAGAUGGGGGAGGGAGCGUGGAGGAGUACAUUUCAGAUGAUGAGCGGGCAUAUGUCUCCUCUGUUGCAUCCGAAGACUCUUCAUUGGAUGAGCCCAUUCGUCUGAACCACUAUGUCUCACACCAGGGAAUUUUGUCUUCAGACCACAAGCCCUUGGAUGCCAUUUUUACACUUUCAUUUGACGCGGUCAAUCCCAGCCUCAAGGCAAAAGUCCACCAAGAGGUCGUCCGUGAGCUGGACAAGGCUGAGAACGAGGCUCGCCCCGGUCUGACGGUCGUCGUUGAUGUUCCUCAUGGUGAACAAGGCAAAGAGCAAGAUCCAAACGCAAUUGACUUUGGUGAUGUUGCCUAUGAUGUGCCGGUUCGCCGGUCCAUCACUAUUGCCAAUACGAGCGGUGCUUCAGCCACCUUUCAUUUCGGGGAGAGGCCUAGCCUUGAUAGUAAAGACAGCUCAGAGAGCCCCUCUUGGCUCAAAAUUCAAAUCGACCGAGCCGAAGACCGAACUGAACAGCCGGCUAUUACGCCUUCUGGGAAGUCCCACACUCUCCUGCCAGGCGAAGUGGCCAAUGUCGACGUCACAGCUCAUGUUCAGAAUAUCGAACAAGUGCGUCUUUUAAACCUUAAGAAGGUCAAAGUGGAGGAGAUCCUUGUACUUCAUGUUGAUAGUGGCCGCGACCACUUUAUUACGGUCACAGGACACUGGCUGCCAACCUGCUUUGGCUGUAGCGUGGAUGAAUUGACCCGCAUGCCCGAAGAGGGCGCCCGCAGUCUCGACAAGAAAGGGACAUCACAGUCAUCCCAAACAGGCACUGAAGUGCGGCUAUCUGCUCCACGUGAGCUCUUUCGUUUGACUGAGGCAAUCUCCGACUUGACCGAGCGGGCUGUAGCAGAGUGGAGCAUGACAAAAGGCGAAUCUGGAGAAGAAGCACCUUGGGUUUCAGGUCCAGCAGGAGCCGGGUGGCCAUUCGAACCUGAUACAUGGACCCUUCGGGACCCCCAACAGCGCUCGGUUCUGUCUGCAUCCGUCCGGGAAUCCCUUGACACCAACCAAUCCUUAACAUCAAUUUUCGCUCCGGAAGUUCCAUCUCUCCACCGGCUUGAGGCUCUGUCAGCAACACUCCUGACAUUCCUUAAUUCUCUAAGUGACAGCAUCGUCACCGCAUCCGUUUGGCAAGAGAUGGAGCAACAUAUGAUCGCACGAGAGAAAUCCAAAGCUCCUCCCCGAUCGUGGGAAGAGACCCAAGCCUGGGUCCUAGAAAGCCUCGCCUAUUCACCCGCCCAUAGCGUCUCCUUCACAUUUGUCACGUUCAUGCUUGCCCGCAUCGCCAACGAAGUAGCCCCUGUCCCAUCCAUUGCACCACAGCCCAGCCAGCCUGCAUUAUCCAAGGCCAAAAAGCGAUUAUCCAAUCUGACGGAUCUCACAAAAUCGAAAGAUGAGAGCAAGAAGGACAUGAAAGACCAGGGCCAAGACCAAGAAGAGCAAAAAGAGCAGGAAACCCCCAAAUCCAGCCUCCCAGACCCGCCUGCCCCUGCCUCUACCGCAGCGUUCAUCUCAGCGGGUAGUUUCCGUCGCAAAAGCCAAGCGCCGACCCCGGAGUCCGCGGCAAAGGACUCGUACGAAAAGGCUGUAGCGCGUCGAGAGGCUGUCGAGUCUGCACUCGCAUCUAUAUUUGCCCGCGUGCUCAUUUCGCAGAACCUUCCUGUACCGUCGAAGGAGAAAGAGCGUCGGGCCUCUGAUGAACGUAAGAAGGGGAUCAUCGAGCCUUUCUUGAAGAUGAUUGGGGUUGAUGAGAGGGGGCCUUCUGGGGGGCGGACCUAG